AAAAAAAGAAGAAGAAGCAAGAAGCAAGAAUUAAACCACAACUGGAUGCUGAAAAAAGAAACUGCACAACUAGACGCAGCCAUGGCAGAGGGCAAGACUGGAGGCGCUGGGUUGUUUGCGAAGCGGGUCCAAAAGCAAUUCAGCCGAGCCCAGGAGAAGGUUUUGCAGAAACUGGGGAAAACGGUGGAAACUAAAGAUGAACAGUUUGAACAGGGCGCAUACAAUUUCCAACAGCAACAGGCUGAAGGUCACAAACUCUACAAGGACCUUAAGGUUUUCCUCAGUGCUGUGCAAGUGAUGCAUGAAAGCUCUAAAAAAGUGUCUGGAACUCUGCAGGAAAUUUACAGCGAGGAAUGGGAUGGGUAUGAAAAAUUGCAAGCCAUAGUACAGAGCAAUGACCUUUUGUGGGAAGAUUAUGAGAAUAAACUGGCAGAUCAGGCAGUCAGGACUAUGGAGAAUUACUUGACGCAGUUCAAUGAAAUUAAGGAGCGAAUUGCUAAGCGGGGAAGAAAACUAGUGGAUUAUGACAGCAGCAGGCAUCACUUGGAAGCCCUGCAGAAUACCAAGAAGAAAGAUGAAGCUAAAAUUGCAAAGGCCGAAGAAGAGUUCUACAAAGCCCAAGCAGUGUUUGAAGAGCUCAACAAGGAACUAAGAGAAGAGCUGCCGGACCUUUACAACAGCCGAAUUGGAUGCUAUGUGACAAUAUUCCAGAAUAUUUCCAACUUGCGAGAUGUCUUCUACAAGGAAAUGAGCAAGCUAAACCAUGACCUGUACGAUGUGAUGAGCACAUUGGAAAAGCAGCACUCCAAUAAAGUCUUCAUUAUUAAAGGGGUGUCAAGUAACAGGGCAUCGCUGGUCAUCUCUUCUCCAGUAAGCCCAACCAGCUCCUCUGCCAUACCGACAAGGAACAGCAUAAGUGAGAUGCCGACGUCUCCUCCUGCCAUUUCCUCAAAUCACGAAAGAGAAUCUGCUUCGGCAACCGAAGCAGCAUCUGCGCCUGGUGGGGCCAGCAAAGCCGAGGAAGAGACAGCUGCAUCUUUGGCUACGGAUGCGGCCAAGCCAGGCUCUUCAACUGCUAGUGAAGCCAAAGAGGACAGCCAAACAGUAGAGACAACCCCCAGCAUUCCCAUAGGCACCCCCCAGAAAGUUGAGGAGUCUGCAAGUAAUAUAGCAGCAGAAAUUUUAUCAAAGGCUGUGCUCGAGGUUGUUGGCAAGAGCCAAAAUGUUCCCAAAGACUCUGGAGAGACCUCCCAGCCUCCUUUGAGGAAUGACUUUGAAGCCAGUGAUACUUGUGAGAAAGAUGAGGGUUCCUUGUUGCAGCCAAGGGGUGAGGUCUUAUCUCUGCCUCCCCAAAACACUCGGGAUGGAGCUCAGACUGAGGGAGCAGACCAUCAGGAGAACAACUUGCCGCUCAGCGAGAGUUCAGUUUGUCCUGAAGACAAUCCUCAAGAGACUUCGUGUGAAGCUGAAGAAGCCCAAGAAGGUGCACCAAGUAUCACCAAUGACUGCCUUUCCCCUGCUUUACCAAAAGCAGAGGAUGCUCAACAGCAGCCAGAGGAACGCGCUGAAGAUGACGUCAACAGUGAGGGAAGCAUUGAAGAAAUAGAUGUUUCCCCCAAGGCCACCAAUGCUCAGAUCAUCUCCAGCUUCUUCUCAGAUGAUAAGAAAGAGAACUAUGGCAAGCUGCCCUCGGGCUUCCUUUUCAAGGCUCAGGCAGUCCAAGCUCACGCUUCAGAGGAUGAGAAGCACCUUCAGUUUGGAGAAGGGGAAACCAUGCUAGUGCUGUCAGAUAAAGAGGCUGAGGAAAAAGGAUUCCUGAUGGGUAUAAAGGAGAAAGACUGGAAGGAGAACCAGAAUAUGCUACUGAAAGGAAUUUUCCCACAAAAUCUCAUUAAAUCUAUCCCUUUGGAAUAAACUCAGAUCUGGAGCAGAAACAGGGUGAAGAGAGAACUCAAUAAAGAGAAAGCCCUUCUGUCCAAAUACUGAUUUGCCAAAACUCCGUGUUAAUUGUUCCUUCACCCACGUAGCACCUUGUGAUAAAAAUGUAGAUUGCAUUAUUUCUUGAAUCUGUCCUCCUCCCCAUGCAGCCAAAUCCAUGCCUCUGAGGGUCACUGUUUGGCCCUUCCUGUCCUUUUCAGAAGUGAAAGAGUGGGUUGGAGUUGUGAUAACAGUAAUGGUUGGCAGGCCAUUUUGAGGGGUGGGAACUGAGAGUCUUUGCCUCCUAACCCAUAUAGUCUUCUCAAAGGAGUCCCCCGUCAAAGCUACAUGCUGAAAUGUGAAUGUUGUCAAAUAAUGCAUUGGCAUUCAGCUCAAGAGCUUAUUACGAAUUAUUGUAAUGGGCCCACAACAAAUGGGUUGAUUCUGCUUGGUAGUAGACACAGACUAGGGAUUUAUGACAUGCCCAAUGGAUAGACACACAACGUCUGUGUACAUUCAUGUAUGUAUGUAUGUAUUUGCUUUGUGCGUACACAUGGUAGGAAGUUGCGAUUGGCCGCAGCUGCUUGGUGUGUAACUGUGCCCAUAUGUUCAGCAAAAUGCACCUGUUUAUGUGAUUUCACUCAUGGCCUUCUGUUCUCUACC